UCGGCAGAGGCUCAAAGGCCCAAACUUUAUAAAAUUAUCCAAUCCACUCCCAUUUCUUGACUUUCCCCUCUCUCUCUCUCUCUGACGUUGUUUGUCCGCAGUUUCUCUUUCAUUCCCUCUGUGUCCAGUUCAGCAUCCAGCAGAUUCAAACUUCAGACUCUCUUGUGUCAGACUGGGAUUGGCGUCAAAUUUCUUCGACUUCUUCUUCUUCGUCUUCUCUUUCUGUGAAUGGAGCUAGUACCGUACGGUGAUCCUAGCUCCAAAUCCUCUUCCUCAAGCCCAGCGUGGCAGGACAUGUUUCGGUCAGCAUCUAUACGAAAACCAUCCCCAACCCCUCCGUCGAGCUCGCCGCCGCCGGAAGUGGAUGGCCGGCCACCGAAAUCCGACCCAGAUAAAAAAACAACUCUUUCCAGCGAUCCCCAGGUACGGCUCGCACUCUACAUAGCCAUGGCUCAUGCUGGCGUUGCCUUUACAAUUUUUGUACUUUAUGGUGUUUUCAAACUUUUAGAGGAGUAUCUUAGACCCAUUCAGUGGGCUGUCCUUUGUUCGAUUCCUCUUAGAGGCAUUCAACAAACCCUUGAGGCUUUUUGGUCUGAGCCCUUGAGACUGGGGCUCACUGAGACCGUGCUCGCAGUCCCUGUGGCUAUAUUUCGGGUUUUUGUUGGUACCCUUGUUGAGAUUCGUGAAGUUUGUGUCCGGGUUCUUUGCCGGAAGCCCAAAUCCGAAUUUCCGAGGCGGCACCGGAGCGAAUUCUCAAAGCUGCUACGGUGGUUGGUAUCAUUUUGGGUAUUCAUAUUUGCCUAUGAACAUAUUGGUGGUAUUGGGUCUUUAGCACUUCUUGGUUUAGGCUUUGUGUUCAGUGCCAAGAGUGUUGACUCCACCAUGUCAACAGUGUCUUCAUUUCGGAGUAGUAGCUUUCCGAGAAGUCCGGUUAGUGCAUUUUUCACUAGAGGAAUAUUGAAAAGACUGAAAACCAUCGUGGCUAUUGGACUGAUUGUUGGUAUGAUUCUGGGGUUUUUGGUUGGUGUUAUAUUUUUCUCAUACAAGAUUGGAGUUGAAGGGAAAGACGCUGUCAUUUCGUUGAAAUUACAUGUGGAAGAAAGCAAUUAUGCAGAGAAAAUUGGUGUUAAGAAGUGGAUGGAUGAGAAUGAUUUGCCUGGAAUUGUAGAUAGCUACACUGCCAAAUUUUAUGAGACUGUAUUGGACCAGGUAGAUAGUUUGGCAAUGCAGUAUAAUGUAACGGAAAUUGUUACUGGGAUUAAGCAUUUUGUAAUAAAACGACAGGUUAACUCUUCAGGACCUUCCACUGCCUUGAUGACCCCAUCACCAUACACAGAGAAGUUUUUGAGUUUAAGGAAUCGGAUCAGUAAUAGGGAAUGGGGACAGAUUUAUACUGAGAUUGAUGCUAUUGUCAGAGAAUUAAUAAUCAGAAGGAAGGAUUUAGUUGAAAAGGCAAAAGAGUUUGCUGUUCACGGGAAGGAUAUAUCUCAACGUGUCUUGGCUAGUAGUACAUCUAUUCUAGGAGGCAGUGCGAAACUAAUGUUCUCCAUUGGAAAUUCCAUCAUCGAUGGGGCAGCUGAGGUUUUCAAUUUUGUUUCUCAGUCGAUGAUAUUCUUUUGGGUUUUGUAUUAUCUUAUUACUUCGGAGUCUGGUGGAGUGACUGAACAAGUGAUGUCUAUGCUUCCAAUCUCCAAGCCAACAAGGGUUAGAUGCGUUGAAGUUCUAGAUAAAGCUAUUUCCGGUGUCCUCUUGGCUACAGCUGAGAUUGCAUUUUUUCAGGGAUGUCUCACUUGGCUUUUAUUCAGAUUAUUCAAUAUACAUUUCUUGUACAUGUCCACUGUUCUUGCUAUACUCAGCUCGUUGUUACCAAUAUUUCCACCUUUGUUUGCAACAAUUCCAGCUGCUCUGCAACUAGUGCUGGAAGGUAAAUACAUGCUGGCCAUCAUCUUGACCAUUAUUCAUCCUGUGCUUUUGGGUUAUGGUGCAUCUGAAAUCCAGGAGGAUAUUCCUGGUCAUAGUGAGUAUCUUACAGGUCUUAGCAUCAUUGGUGGAAUGACUUUGUUCCCAUCGGCGCUGGAGGGUGCAAUAAUGGGGCCCCUCAUAACUACAGUUGUGAUUGCUCUCAAGGAUCUAUAUGCGGAAUUUGUUCUUGGGGAAACGAAAGAAAAGGAAGAGUAAAGCUAAGUUUGUGUCUCUUCCUCUGCAAGGUUUCCAUUUAUUUGCUUGUAGCUUCGAUGUAAGUGCAAGCACAUAUUCUUUGGCAAUCCGUUUCCACUGAUUUUCUUUACACAGAUAAUGCGUUCAUUCAUUUCGGUCCAUGUUAAUUUAUAUCAUUUAGGUACCGCAAGUAGGUGUCAUUUUUCCCUAUUUAUUUUCUGGCCCUUCAUCUGUAAAACUAAAUGUAUCAUUAUAUCCCUCUGUGAGAUUAAAUUGAGUUGUUGUAACGUUGCGGUUUUUGCCGGUAAGUAUGAAAUGAACAUUGUACAUUUUCCAUA